CCCCGUUGAAUAAAGGCAGGACUUGAGCUGGUAGACACGCCGCUGGCAACACAGCGUCUUUCCUACACGCUAACUGGCUGAAGGAGGAUAAGUCUGUUUUUGAAUUUAGCUAUUUUCUGACUGGAUAUUAAUUUCUUCUUGUAUAACUAACAUGGCGGACAGUAGAGUAGAAAGCAGCGGAGAACUGAGCGCCAAGGAGCUGAAGGAGAAGAAACAGACUGAAGAGACAGAGAACGGAGAGGAUGCUGCUGCCAACGGCAAAACUGAUGAGGAGAAUGGCGAGCAGGGCAAUGAAGUAGAGGAGGACGAGGAGGACGUGGGAGAAGAAGAGGAGGAGGAGGAUGGAGAGGGUGAUGAAGAGGAUGAUGAAGAAGAUGACUUUGAUGGGCCAACAGGGAAGAGAGUAGCUGAGGAUGAUGAUGAUGAAGAGGAUGAAGUUGAAACCAAGAAACAGAAGACAGAUAAGUAGAGGCAGUAGUGCCUGCUCAGUCCAGAGGACAACACCAUCAAGAGACAGCCAGUUUUCCAGCAAACCUUCAAACACCUCAGCCCUCCCUUCUUAACAAGAAUACUUUUAAAAACAGAAUUAGUUUGUAUUUUUAUUUACAUUUUAUAUUUUUGUAAAUAUUGUAAGGAGGUUGGCCAUUUUGCAACAGUGAUCUUUCUGUAUCAAGUGGUGCUUUGAGGACUUUUAGAUCAAGACUCAUCAUCAGCCGUCCACAUUCUGCAUGAGCCAGCCAGAGGCAUCCAUCCCUUUACAACCACCAAAAAACACAAACACAGACACACCCUGGCUUACUUCUAUUAACUUAGGGUUCUGCUUAGGGUUCCUACAAGGUGUGUGUGUGGAUUUGUAGUGGCAUAGGAGCAUUACCUGAUUCAGCACUUCUCAGAGUGCUGAUGGUCUAUCGCUGGUAGAUUGUAUGAGAUUCCAAGGCUGUAGUUUCUGCAGUCCACCUGUCACUAUCUGUCUGUCAUUGCCAGAUGUUAAUGUUCUUAUAUCUUUGCUAUUUUGUUAAACAAUAAACAGUCAUUUGACUUUGUUGGCUUGUAACUGUGUUAGUUUAUGCCUCUCAGAGGUUGUAUAUACCUGCAGUAACAAGAAAGAGGAGAAUCAGUCAUCAGUGAUGUGUGAUCUGUUCAACAGGGAGCAGUGCUCAGAUGUGACUCCCACUGGCUCUAUGGCUACAGUUUAAACGUAAAAAUCAGAUCACACCUGAAUUCUGCUCCAACAGCUAGAAAAUCAUCUAUAAAACUCCUUGAUGUUGUGGUCAUGGAUUAAAGCUGGUAUCCAGAUUUUUAUUCUUCUUCUUAUUAUUAUUAUUUUAGAUAACAGGUUAAUAUGUCAUGUAGCUGAGGAUUGUAAAACACAAACUGGCAUAUUAACUGUUGGAGACUCUCAACAUACUUUUCUUGUGAAAAACAUUCAGCUUGUCAGGUUGCACCUGUCCUGGUUGACAGUUUCAAUAAAGUUUGUUCCAAACAGUCA